AUGAAACCAGACCAGGGCACUCUCACAUUGAAAAUCACAGGGUACAGAAAAACCCACAAAAAAGACUGUCAAAAACAGCAAUGGAUAAAAACCAGCAGCAUCUACGCCAAAUUAUUGAGGGCCAUUCUCACAGAAACAAGAAAGGAUUUCAUGAUGAUGUUUAAUUUCUGGGCCAGUGGCACUUUGUACAGUCUACCUGAUGGCAGAACCUGUGAGGAACGAUGGAGCAAAUUUGAAGACAUCAUGCUGGCUGAAAAGACAGAAAUUAGAAACUGUAACCCAACCAACAAAGAACCCAAGAAAACCACUGGAGCAACAACCGACAAGAGGUCAAACAAGCAGAAAAAAAAGACGGUUAGGGGAAAAUGGCAGCAAUGA